CCGAAGUUCGGUUCUUCCAACAGUAGAAUAAUGCUGCGCGAUGAAAUGACUUCUUUUGGCAUGAACCUACUGAAGGAGACCCGUGAAGCUGAGUACCUGACUGACUACAAGUUCAUCUGGCCUGGGCGUAAUGGUGUGGUGCUGGUGAAAAAAUCGGAGAACUCACCGGUGCACGUGAUUCGCUCAACCGCAGAUCUUCAUAAGCUGGAACACACAAGCUCACACAAGCGCCCGCUCAGUUCAUCUGAGAAUUCAUCGCCGGAACUCAGCCAACCAAUUGAGCGUCCCGGACGCCAGAAGAUACCACGCAAGUAGUGGAAAAGCUGUCGAUUUUGUAUUUGUCUUUUGCUUUAUUUGAUUUUAAUGUUUAAUACCAAUAAAAGUUAUGAUUGUAUUGAUGAGUGGAUUGUGAGCAAUAAAAAUUCUCCCUGUUUUACUUCGUCUUUUAAAAUUUUGCAACUAAACAUACGUAGUAUGAACAAUCUUUCCAAAUUCGACUCUUUAAAAGAAAUUAUUCAAAGAUGUGAUCAACGUGUUGAUGUCGUGGUCUUGGGCGAGACCUGGGUGCAGAAUGAUCGAGCCUGUUUAUUUAGCAUUGAUGGGUACAAAUCCAUAUUUUCCUGCCGGAGUGAACCGAAUGGGGGACUUGCAGUUUUCUACCGAGAUGACCUUGACUUUGACGAGUGCUGUAACUCAAUUCAGGACGGCAUGCACCACAUUCAUCUUCGACUGCGCCGAGGGAAGCCGCUUGAUCUGCAUGCAAUCUAUCGACCACCGAGUUUUGAGGCAACGAGAUUUAUUUCUGAGAUCGAGCGCAUUUUGUCCUGUAACAACAAUGGACAUGACUGCGUAAUUGUGGGUGAUAUGAAUGUCGCGGUCAACCAACAGGCGGUGCACACCGUGAAGGAGUAUGUGCAAGUUUUGCAGUCUUACAACACUCACGUCACGAACAAUGUUGUUACGCGGCCGGCUAGUUCAAAUGUGUUGGAUCACGUUAUCUGCUCAGGAUCUCUUCUCGACAAAGUGAGGAACGAAACAAUCUAUCAUGAUUUGAGCGACCACUGUCUGGUAGUAUCUUCAUUCAACCUAGCAUGCGCUGCCGAGAGGAUAACGCUGCAGAAAACGAUCAUCGACCAUAGGCGCCUGAAUGAUCUGUUUCACGAGUUUAUGGUAGGGUUGCCGCGGGAAUUGUCUGCUGAGGAGAAAUUAACUGCAGUUGUUGCUAACUACAACACCAUAGUAAGGCAAUGCACAAAAACAGUAACGGCUCAGGCUAAAACUAAAGGUCAUUGUCCCUGGAUGACUUUUGAUCUGUGGACGAUCAUACGCUGGAAGGAGAAUCUUCUGAAAAGGCGACGGAAACACCCCCACGAUCAGGAAGUAGCUGACAUGUUGGCUCACGUGUCGCAGAUCCUCCAGACUAAGAAGGAUCAGAGCAAGAGGGAGUAUUACCACCAGUUGCUCUCAAAAUGCAGCCAGAAGACUAGUUGGAAGAUCAUCGGAGAUGUCUUGGGAAAAAAAGGAACGUCUGAUAAACCCACUGCUGUCUACCCGAAUGGAGGAGGAAUUACUACAGAUAUGAAAACAGUCUGCAAUGUCUUCAAUGAAUUCUUCUGCAAUGUUGGUCAUGAUCUCGCAAACGCCAUACCGAGCGAUCGAGCUAUCAGUCGCUUUGGCACUCUGACCUCCCAGCCCCGCUCUAUGGUCCUCACCCCCGCAACAUACAACGAAGUUGUCGUGCUAAUCAACCAGUUAGACGCGAAGAAGUGUGCAGGACCUGAUAACAUUCCCGCGUCUUUCGUGAAAACGCAUUUCGAAUUAUUUGCUCGACUACUGGUGGACACUUUCAACGAAAUCAUUCAAACUGGCCAGUAUCCUGAGUGUUUGAAGGUUGCUCGUGUGGUACCUAUCCACAAGGCAGGUGACAAGAAGGACGUGAACAACUAUCGGCACAUUUCGACUCUCUCAGUACUGGACAAACUGAUCGAGAAAUUGAUUGUCUGCCGGAUAUUGAAAUAUGCGAUCCGUCGGAAGGUUCUCUACACUCACCAGUAUGGCUUCAGAACAGGUUCGAGUACGUUGACAGCUACAAGUGAUCUUGUUGAGGAAAUUUACUCCACAUUGGACUCCAAGAUGUUGGCUGCGACGCUCUUCAUCGAUCUCAAGAAAGCGUUCGACACGAUCGACCAUGAACUGCUAGCACUCAAAUUGGAGUUUUAUGGCAUUAGAGGAACACCGCUUGCGUUAAUCAAAAGCUACUUACGAGGAAGAUUGCAGUAUGUUUCCAUUGGGGAGCACACCAGUGAACGACGUCCCAUCAGUAUUGGAGUUCCCCAGGGGAGCAAUUUGGGCCCGCUGCUGUUCUUGUUGUUUAUAAACGACAUUAGUAAGCUGAAACUUUACGGGAAAACGCGGCUCUUUGCUGACGACACGUCGAUAUUCUACCGAGGAAGGGACUGUGCUGAACUGCAACACAAGAUUGCAGAAGACAUCACUUUGCUCAACGCGUACUUCAGGUCGAAUGUGCUGUCCCUGAACCUAGGGAAGACUAAAUUCAUGAUCUUCCACACACCAAGGCGAACAAUUCCUGACCACCCACCUUUGACUGUUGAUGGGCAAACGAUUGAGGAAGUCUCCAGCUACCCGUUCCUUGGUCUAAUUCUUGACAGCACCAUGGGGUGGAAACCUCAUAUAACUGCCCUUAAAAGCAAGCUAAGCUCACUUUGUGGAAUUUUCUGGAGAAUCGCUGCGUUUAUUCCAUUCCCACAAAUGAAGAUGCUGUACUUUUCCCUGGUACACUCACGAAUCCAGUACCUGAUUGCCAACUGGGGAGCAGCAUGCAAAACCGAUCUGCGUGGCCUUCAAGUUCUUCAAAACCGCUGCUUGAAAAUCAUCUCGCGGAAACCAGCAUUAUUCCCCACCACUGACCUGUACUCGGACAUGACGGAUUCGGUGCUGCCAUUGAAAGCACUGUACGAGCUUCAAACGACGGUGCAAAUUCGCAAAUACUCAACGGACGCUACCCAGCACCACAACUUCAAGCUACAAGUAAGAGUCUCGUCCCGGACCACUCGCCAACAAGGAGAGUUUGUUCUGGAUCGACCAUACAGCGAGUUUGGAAGGAAAAAAUUUACCUAUUUUGGAGGCAAACUGUACAACGCUCUAUCCCGCGAAUGCAAACAAUCACCAACCCUGGCUGCCUUCAAGCGUCGUUUGACGAUCAUCAUCAAGCAGAAUAUCCACCAAUAUGUUUGAUACACCACUUAUGCCUCUGUUUACGUUUCGUUUCAUGCCGGGAUGGAUGGAAGCUAAGAUGUAAAAAGAGGUUUGCAAUUGCCUCAACAAUCAAGCCUUCACAGAAAAAAAAUGU